UAACAGGUAUAAUGCAUAUUGCAUGUAUGUAUACGUUUGUUUAGUUUUUAAGGCGGUUUACGAUAAUGGACACUGAACAAUUUCGAAAGCACGGUAAGGAGAUGGUGGACUAUAUAUGUGAUUAUUUAGAGACGAUAAAACAGAGAAGGGUGACUCCUACAGUGAGUCCAGGUUGGUUGAAGAAUAAAAUUCCAUUAGAAGCGCCCGUACAACCGGAGCCAUUCGAGGCCAUAAUGGAAGAUUUCGAACAAAUUAUUAUGCCUGGAGUAAGACGUUUUUUAUUUAUUAGAAACAGUAGAUGUAAUAUUGUGUCAUAGCAAAACAAUUGACAAACACUUAGGUAUAUCUUAAUUUAUGUUAAGUUCGUUUAAGUAUCUAUGCAUUAAAUGCCAAGGGGGUUGGAGCAGGUUUGUUAAAAUUAUUUUUUACCGCCUUAAUAAUGUUAUGAUUUUUCUAUUAAUCUACUGCCCGUUAUUUAUUUAAAUAGAAGUGGUACGGUCGUUUUUACGGGCGAAUAUGACGUUUUAGACCAAUAAUAAGCCAGACGAAACUGUGAGGCUUGGGAUUGACGGAAUCAAAUUUUGAAAAUCUAUUUGAAUUUAUCUUCUAGUUUUAUAGGUUUCAAUUAAAGCGAUUUACGAUAUUUAACUUUAUCGUUAAAAUAUGAAUAAUUAAAAAAAAAAAAAAAAAUGUAUUAUCUGUACACCAAACCGUAUGCAUUCAAUUUUCAAAAUAUCAAAAUUCACCUAACUAGAAACCUAGAAUACAAAAUCAAAUACAUUUUUAAAAUUCAAAUCCACUCACAUUUUCGUAUUGGUUUGUUUUAUGUAUGCUUUUAAUAUGCUCCGUCCCUCUUAAAAAAAAUGAUAAAUAAUAAUACGUUGACUUACUUAUUGAUAUUAUGGCAGCUAUUACAAUGUUCUCGAAUUCUACUUUAAAAUUUUUGAUAUAAAAUCUGUAAAAAAAAAAAAAAAGUAAUCGUUAAUGUAUAUAUUUGGUAGGUGACUCAUUGGCAGCAUCCAAGAUUUCACGCUUAUUUUCCCUCCGGUAAUUCGUUUCCCUCGAUUUUAGCAGACAUGUUAUCGGAUUCUAUAGCGUGUAUAGGGUUCUCGUGGGUGAGUAUACAAUCAAUCAAGACGUAGGUAGUCGACGUGUAUAGUCAAAUUUCAAAUAUUAAUUUAUAACUAACAUUACGAAUAUUGUAUAAAGGCCGCAAGUCCGUCGUGUACCGAAUUGGAGACUAUAGUUUUGGAUUGGCUCGGUAAAGCCAUUGGAUUACCGAACGAUUUUUUAACAUUUUCAGAAGAAACAUUUAAUAACAUCGUUGUCGAUUCCGCAAAAAAUAAAGACGGCACAAACGAUAUACAUAACGGUAAAGGCGGUGGCGUACUUCAGGUAAAAAAAAAAAAAUAUUUUUUUACAUUCCGGUAUGCGAUUUUAACUUUUUUAAAUAUAUUUUUAGGGUUCGGCGAGCGAGUGCGUAUUCGUGUGCAUGUUGGCGGCUCGAGCACAAGCAAUCAAACGAUUGCGGAAACUCCAUCCGUUUAUCGAGGAAGGUGUUCUGUUGUCGAAACUCAUGGCUUACUGCUCUAAAGAAUCGCAUUCGUGCGUGGAAAAAGGCGCCAUGAUGGCGUUCGUUAAAUUACGCAUUCUCGAGCCGGACGAAUACAACAGUUUACGAGGCGCUACGUUAAGAGAGGUCAAUAUUGACAACAUACGAUCAAAAAUUAAAGGUUGAACGUAAUAUAUUUAUCUUUGUCGGCGAAAUAUUUCAUAUAGGUGAUGGAACAAGACGAGGCGAUGGGCUUGAUACCGUUUUUCGUGUCUACUACGUUAGGGACAACGUCCUGUUGUUCGUUUGACAAUAUAGUCGAAAUCGGACAAGUGUGCCAACAGUUCGAAACCGUAUGGUUACACGUCGACGCCGCUUACGCAGGGAGCGCGUUUAUAUGCCCGGAGUUUCGGUAUUUAAUGAACGGCGUACAAUACGCAGACUCGUUUAAUCUCAACACGAACAAGUGGCUGCUGACGAAUUUCGACUGUUCGUGUCUUUGGGUGAAAGAUAGGCUUAAAUUGACUUGCGCUUUGGUGGUCGACCCUCUUUACUUGCAACACGGUUACGCGGGCGCCGUGGAUUAUAGACAUUGGGGCAUACCGUUGAGUAGACGUUUCAGGUACCACUACCAAUAUCUUAUAUACCACGACAAUUCGAAAUUAUUAAUAAUAUUUUGCAUAAAAAAAAAAAAAAAAAACCAAAAACAAACAAAUUCCGAUAAAUAUUCACAGAUGAUAAUUUAUUUCAAAUUAGAUCGUUAAAGCUAUGGUUCGUGUUACGGACGUAUGGAAUUACAGGGCUCCAGAAAUACAUAAGACAACACUGUCAACUAGCCAAGCGAUUCGAAAGAUUAGUCAAGAGUGACUGUACGUAUGAAAUUCUAAACGACGUUAAGGUAAACAAAAUUAUUAUUAAAAAAAAUAUUUUUUUAUUGUUAAAAUCACCUUUUUUUAAAAUUUUUUUUUAAACAGAUGGGUUUAGUUUGUUUCCGUUUGAAAAACGAUCCGACCAAUAAACUAAAUAAAAAGCUCUUGGAAACCAUUAAUGAAUCGGGGAAACUUCACAUGGUGCCGGCUUUAGUACACGACAAGUAUGUCAUCAGGUUUUGUGUCGUAGCGGAGCAUGCUACCGAAGACGAUAUCGGUAAUAUAAAAAUAAUUAAUUCGUCUAUAUUUUUUACUUUUGAACAUCCAAUUAUUUAUUUUAUUUUUUUUUUUUGCCAUAUUUUUUAUUCAUUUUCUCUGAGGAUAUUAAGUGAAUAUCUGUUUUCAAUCGUUACGAAAUUAUUCAUGUUUUAUUUUAAUAAGAUUUUCAAAAUUUCACUUUAUAUCUUAAAUUAGCAUUAAUUUUUGAUUUUCAAAUGGCAAUAAAAAUACUUUUCUGGAAAUUGUAACAACCAUAAUACUAAAUUAAUAUUAGAUUUACCGUUUAUAAAUCUUGUGAGUUUAUAUAAUUUAUAUUUAUAUAAUAUAAACUUAGACCAAAAAAACAUGAACUUUGUUUACCAUGUUGAUUUAUACAAAUUGUAUACAUUUUCAAUUGAUACUUAAUUCACAUUUAGAAUUUUAUAUUUUUGAAUAAAUAUAUUAUUAUUUCAUAAUAUACGAAUUGAUAAUAUAGGAAAUAGUAAUAAAAAAUUAUUUCCUCGACUCUCAUUUAAACUUUAAAAUCGUAUAUAAUAAAUAAUCCAAUCAGAUCACUAUACAUGUAAAUAAAUAUAUAAGAAUCAUGGUGUUUCAUAAUAAAAAUUUAAAAAAAAAUAUAUUCUAGUAUCAAAUCUAAAAUGAAUAAUAUUGGCAUACAAAAAUAUUUUAUACAGCUAAGUACUUGAAAACUGAAAGUAAUACAUAAAACAUAUACUCCCAACCAGAUCAGUGACAAUAGUAAUAAAACAAUUAUAAUUUGAGUGUUGGUCUAGCAAAAGCUAGCAGUAUUUUUCCAAAAGAUGACUUAUUUAAUAACAACAAUAUAGUAUAUAAAUAUAAGUAUGGGAAACAUAUAAAAUGAGGAAGCAUUUUAUAAAUAAAUUAAUGGGUGGGUAGGACAAAUCCGUUCACUAGACUCUCACAGUGUGAGUUCGCAUCGUCACUAGAAGGGAUACUUAAAAAAAAAUAGUAAAAUUUCAUUAGAAGAGUUUUUAUCUAAUUUGUUACAUAAAUUAUCUCAAUUUGCUGGAGUAGUUAGGAAAACAUUAUUUGUUGAAUUGAAGCAGAUUGCAGAACAAUACUUGCUUUUCUGCAACAACAAGAUCUUUGACAAGAUUCUUAUAUUUUAGCAUUUAGGACAUUUAUAUCUGUAAACAAUGGUUAACCAUUGUUAACGAAAAGACGAUUUUGAACGGGGUUAGGUUGAUAGUAUUGCUUUGUCAACAAUAUAUAAUAUGUCAUACUAUGGUAAAUUAAUUACAUAUGCAUUAAACAUUUUUUUUUAAUAAUAUUUAUUUAAUAUUUUACCUAUCUAUUUUUCUAUUCUCCCAUGUUUUUUCCAAUCAUUUGAAAAACUCCUGGGAAAAUCAAAAAAACGACCUCCCAAAAAUACCACCCCAGUCAAAUUUCCUUUUAGAAAAAGUGCUAUCAUUGUAAAUCGGAUCAAAAUUUCUGGUAAAAAAGUUGUCCACAGAAAAAUAAAAAUAAAAAAACAUCAUUGUGAAACCAAUACAUACAUACCUCGCUCCACUCAGAAUCUAAAAUAAAUUAUUGUUUUGUAAAGAGGCCCAUUGAAAAUUUCGUGACAGGGCCUAAUCAUAAGCCUAAUCAAUACUGUAAGCAUUUGUUUCUUAAAUUAAAGCAGACUAACCAAAGUUUUGUAUUAAUUGUCAGUUAAAAACUAAAACAAAAAUCAAAACGUUUUUACAAGAAAUAUAUUGGUCAUGGCACAUUUAUAUUAUGUCUAGUACAACCUUAUAAUUAUAGUGAAACCUAUAUAGUUAUAAAAGAUAAUCUUUUUCAAGUGGAAACUUUGCUAAGUCCAAAUAUUGGUAAACCCAUAGAAUAAAAUCAAUAACUUGUUACUACAGAAAAUAGUUAUAUUAGAGGUUUAUCAAAACUAAUGAAGGUUUCCAACUUUUUGAUAAACUAUAAUAUUAUACUAGGUGUCUAUUAAUUUGCAAUUACUUGGUGGUAUUUUGAAAUCAAAUGAACAAAGUGGGGGGGCAACUUCAUAAUGGUACCUAAGGCAACCCCAUUGCCCCAUUGGUCAUCUCAUACGACAGAUAGGAGAUUCCAUAGGAGCAUUUUGAUUCCCUUCAAUAGGGAAAAUGAUAUUAUCAAUUAAAAGGUUUAUUUCUCCAGCCUACAGAAACAAUAUCACAUGCCUACCGAAAUCACCUGGGCUUUCCACCAGUAGGUUUGUAGGAGGCACCCAAGUUUGUGCGGCACCCCCGCUAAGUCUGUCUCAUGAUAUCCUAUCCUGAGGUUGAUAAUGUCAUUUUAUAUAUAUUAAUAAUAAUUGAUGGCUACUAAAGAAUAAUAAUGUGUGCUUUACCAAUUUUUAAAAACACUUUAUGGAGUUAGAAAUACUUCAAAAUGCCUAAUUAAACAUAACCUUUUAAAUAUAUAUUUAUAUAUCUACAGAGUGUAACAAGAAGAUUUUACACCUAAAAAAACUUUUGCUCUUUUCAAUAUUUUUUUUAAGUGUUUUUCUUUUGAUAAUUUCUAGAACCUAACAUUGAUUUAAUUUUUUUACUAAAAAUGUCCAUACAAUACAUUUAAUAUUUAAAAUAUAAUACAUUAAAAUUAAUUUAUCCCUUUAAGCAAAGCUUGAGGUGAGGUAAAUGAAUUAAUAUAAAAUUCUAAACCAUAUACAAUGAUAAUGACAUCUAUAUUUCAUAUUUUUUUUAUACAAAAAUUAAAAUAAUGUUACAAAAUCUAAAAUGGUCAUUUUAUAGAUAUAUUUGGAUAUUUAGAUAUCAUUUUAUUAUAAAUAUUUGUUAAUAAUGAAUUUUUAAGUUUCUAAAACGUUUGAAGUUUACAAAAAUUAUUAACAAAGUUAUUUUUCAUGAACAAAUUUGUAAAUCUACCAAUUACUUAAUAGUGAGAAUGAAAAAUUUUUAAAUUAAUAUAAACUUCAAUAGAUUGUAAAAAAUGAAUGAUUCAUCAUAAGUAAAUUUAAUAUUUUGUAACACCAACAUUUUGUUACAAAAUAUAUCUAUAAAAUUGCUAUCUUGAAUUCAUGAAUUAAAAAAUAUAUAAAAUAAAAGAAUCAUAGUGCAAUACUCUAUUAAUUAUUACAAGAAUAAAAUAAAAUUAAAUAUAUAGAAUAGAUUAAGGGUAUUUUAAGUAUAAAAUCUCGGUGUUACAGCUCAUAUAUUAUAACAUCAGCAAUUUUACUUCAGCAAGGUUAUUUUUCAAAUUUCAUUAAUAAUACGAAAAUAUCCUAAAAUAAUGAGAAAAUUGUAAGAUAUUUCAAAAUAUAAUUUCAAGUACUUUUCGUAGUUUUUCAUAUUUAAACAAGGAUACUUACUAUAUUUCAUCUUUUUAUUAAUAAAAUAAGCAGAAUUAAUAUUUUUAAUUUUCCUGGAUAAAUCAUUUAAUUGUAAUAAUAUUUUUAUUACUUUCAUUUUGAUGAAAAUAUAAAUUAUUAACCCUUUUAAAUACUGUUUUUAUUCAAAAUACAUAGAAAAAAGAAUAUUAAAAAAUAGCUAUUCAAAAGAUUCAUAUAAUAAUUUUUUUAAUUUUUGUACCAGAUAAAUAUAUAUUUGAUGAUUUUGUUGUAUUGUUAAGUUUUUUUUAUUACUAUAUAUGGUUCCACAAAAUAAAAUAGAAUAAAAAAUAAAAUCAAUUUAAAACAUAAUAGUUUAUAACUUGUCAUAAUACCCGGUGAUUUUUUUACUCUAGAAUAAUACUAUAAAAGUUAUAUAAUUUCAUUGGUUAUGAUAAAAUUACUUUUUACACUUACACUUACUGAAAUUAUAGAAAAACCACUCUUAUCAAAAUGCAAUUAGUUUAAAAAUGUGCAAGAGAAAUUAUUUAAAAUAUGUAUAAUAUAUACUCAUAGAUUGCGCAUGGAAAAUUAUAAAAGAAGCAGCACAAAUCGUAUUGGAUAAAGAACAAGAACUCACAGAGAAACGAGAAGUCAGUAAACUAUAACUAAAAUAGAUAAUAAUUUGUAAAGCGAAUGAAAAUCUUAUUUUUGUUUUGCACGAGAGUAGUAUUAUUAUUAUUUAAUAUUAAUGUUAAUAAUCUCAGAUUUAUAAAUAUAUAUUUUUUUUAAACAAAUAAAAAUCAUUAUUAUUAAAUUAGUACAAAUAAAAUAAUUAUUAAUUUCAUUCUAAUUCCAACUAUUUAUGUUAAUGGUAUUUAAUUUUAUACCACAGUUUAUUCCCCUAAUGCAAUACAAAAGAUAUGUAUUAGUUUUGAUUCGAGGGCAAUUUUCACUUUUAGACUUAGUUUCUCAAGAUAGGUAUCUAAGUAAAAUACUUUUUUUCAAUGAAAACCAUAGACAUACCUAUACUGAAACAUAUUAAAUACAUCAGAUUUACAAUCGCUUCCCCUCAGAAAUUGACUUGGUAUUAACUUUAUUAUUACGAACAAAUGUAUCUUAUAAUUUUUCUGUUGUAAAAUAGGAACAAGUGGAUGAAGUAUUUGAAUUGACUGAACGUAAGAAGAAGGACGAUUUAGCUUACAGGAGAUCUUUCUUUGUACGAAUGGUCAGCGAUCCAAAAAUAUACAAUCCAAAAAUCGCUAGAUCAUCACCCGGAUCACGCAGGCACACUCAUUUAAGUUCAAUGGAUGAUGACAUUCAUGACUCAUCGUCGAUAACUCCAAAUGAUACAGAAGAUACAAUUUCACAUCCAGCGUAAAUAAUAAUAUAUCAAUAUCUGCACGAUUGUUUAUUGACCAAUUAUUAUUUAUAUGAAACAUUUAAGCCAAAAUCUAUAAAGCUACAUUUUUAUAAUCUAGGGUAAUUUAGUUUAUAACUUCCUGUAUACAACAAUUAAUCAUUACAAACGAAAAACGAUUCUGAGUGAAGUUCGAAUAAAUUGAAAUUGAAACUUUUACUAAUUUGUAACUAGAAAAUAAAUUACAAUUUUUCUGGUUUUUAAUGAAUCUUGUCAUAAAUUUAAACUUUAAAAACGAUUAUAAUUAUAAAUAACGACAUUUCACUUACAUUUUUUCUAAUUACCACGCAGUAAAAAUUUAAUAUAUCUUGUAUCAAAUUUUUAAUUUACAAAAAUCGAAAAAAAAGUAUCCAAAAUGUUUAUUAUUUUUAAGAUUUUUGUAAAAAUUUCAACUUUAAACACGAUUAUAUAAAAAAAGAACUUAGUUUUGAAUUCGCAAUAUUUUUUAAAUAAGAACCACCUAUGUGGAACUUUGAUUAUCACGUUCAAUAAUUUAAAUAAAGCCGAAUUAAUUUUAUCCAAAUAAAUUUAAAAAACCUUAACAAUUUCAAAUAUUUAUUAACCGUAGUUAAUUUACUCAAAAACUGUUAAUCCAACAUAUUUUCAUCAGAUUAAAAAAAAAAAAAAGAUUACACUAUAGUAAAAUUAAUACAUUUAAUACAUACUUCACUUAGAAUAAAAAAAAUUAUUUUAUUUAUUAUUUUUAGGAGUUCAUGGAUAAGUUGGCCACUGGCAUUUUUAUUUCAAGGAGUAUUUGAUGAUAAAGAAGGCAAUGAUGUACCUGUUAGGUUGGUUAUACAAAACAUAAUUAGAAAUCUGAAUUACAUUGAAUAUUAAACAAUGCUAUUUGUCUAUAGGUUUAGGCAUUUAGCGACUAAAAUGCAUUUUAAAUCCAAAAGCAAAUCAACAUCACCAGAACAUUUGGCUGCGGAUGAAAACAAAUCACGUCGUAAUUCUCCAAUAUUUCAAAGAAAACUAAGCCUAGUCAAAACUGAGAACGAAAAUAUUAAACAAAAACCACAGUAAUUAACCAAAAUAUAAAGAUUUGAUAGUUCUUUUUUUUUUUUCUAAGCUUUUUAGCAACAAUAAUAAAUAUCUAAUGACCUCAAACAUGUAACCUCGUAAGCAUAAAUAAUUAAAUCUAUACACAUAAUAAUUGCUAAACAUUAUACAAUAAUCUUAUUUAUAUAUAUAAAAAAAAAAUCAUUUCAUAUACUAUGUUAGUUAUAAUAACAUUAUUAGAAUGUUUGAAUCAUAUAAAAUUUAAAUAUAGGUAAUAGUUUAGUAUUUCAUUGUGAUAAUUUAAAAAUCAUAUAAUUUGUUUUUAUCAAUUAGGUUUAAAAUCAAAUAAGGCGCCUUUAUUUAGCUAUGCACUCCAAGAGGUUGGAAAUAAAUAAAUUUUCUUAUCUGAAUAAAUGUAAUACUUAGGAAUAGGAACUUUUAUUAAAAUUAUUGUAAGUUUUGUUAAUGUGAAACUUUAAUAUACUAUAGUGAGAAAUUUAAAUAUUGUACUAGUAUAAAAUAAUUGAGAAUUCUGUACAAGACAUAAGUUAAUGAUUUAAUAAUGUAUCUUUAAUUUAAAUACCUAGAUAUGUUUAUAUUAGAUUGUAGUAUUAAAUAUUAAUUAGUUAUAAAUAUUUUAUCUCAUGCAUUAUUAUUGCUUAGCUAUAUUUUUAUUUUAUUUUGCUAUUCAAAUAAUGUUUGUUAUAUUGUAACCUGUAACAGAUUGUAGUUCCAGCUAAUUAAGUCAUCUAUUAUUCUAUUAAUGGUUAUUACCUGAAUUUAUAUGAAUUACUUUUAUAUCCAUGCUUGAAACA